AUGACAAACACUAAGAGAGUGCUCUUACUCAAAAACAAGACAGUUCCGAUAGACCCAUACGAGUCUAAUUUUGAGCAGAAUGACUUCGAACCUGUUUUUAUUCCCAUGAUUCAGCACAUGCAUUUGCCAUUAGAAUGUUUGCACCUACUACAAAAUGAUGCUUACAUGACCCAACUCAAACACAUCGUGAUUAGCUCCCAGCGUACUGUUGAAUGCUUGAAUGAAUCAGUAGUACCGAACCUCUCGGUUUCUCAACAAGACGCAUUACUUCAAAAGACAGUUUACACCGUGGGUCCAGCUACAGCUAGCUUUCUGCAAAGAUGCGGAUUCAAGGACGUUCGAGGCGGAAUCGACGCUGGAAAUGGUAGCAUAUUGGCUGAUGUGAUCAUUUCUGACUUGAAAAAUGACGCUACUACUGAUUUUAGCAGUAUGCCAACACUGCUGCUUCUGGUGGGCGAAACCAGACGAGACAUUAUUCCCAAAAAACUUGCGUCAGCAGGCCUAAAAUCUCAAGAGGUUGUUACGUAUAAAACGGAGAUUCUUGACAAUAACUUGCAGCGGUUCGUGUCGCUUUUUAACUCGCAGUGUUGGGUUGUGUUUUUCAGUUCUCAGGGAACUGAUGAAAUUAUUGAUUAUUUAAAAGACAAAAAUGCCCAGGUUGCUAGUAUUGGUCCCACUACUGAUGAAUUUUUGCUAUCCCGUGGAAUUCGCUCUCACGUUGUUAGUGCAAAACCAGAGCCCGUUUCUUUGAUUCAGUCGCUGAAGUCUGUUUGA